CUUUCCUAAAAUUUCUCUUUUCUUUCCAAUCAAGACUUUCUCCUUUUCUCUCUCAAUUCUCCUCCACAAAAUCCUACUUUUGCACCCAGAAUCCAUCGUUUCAUUCUAAGAAAUUGGUAGGAGUUUGUGGGUUUGGUUCUGCUGUCAUAAAAAUGGCAUCAAGCAAUGGUGUGGUAGCUGGAACUGUUGAAAAAACAGAGAAAUCUGAUGGGAAUGAAGGAGAAGCUGCCAGGCAAGACAAGGCAUUGGGUUCAAAGGUGAAGGGUCAGGGGAACCUUAGCAGCAAGGACUUGUAUUUUAGAGCUGAUAAGAUAGAUUUCAAGAGCUGGGACUUGCAGCUUGAGAAGCACUUGAGCAAGGUCUGGUCAAGGGGAAGGGAAGUUGAUGAUGAUGUAAAGAAGGAAGAGUGGGAUAUUGAUUUGGCAAAAUUGGAUAUAAGGCAUGUUUUAGCUCAUGGAACUUAUGGCACCGUGUACCGGGGUGUUUAUGAUGGCCAAGAUGUUGCAGUGAAGGUAUUGGAUUGGGGAGAAGAUGGAGUUGCCACAGCUGCUGAAGCUGCUGCUCUUCGGGCAUCAUUUCGCCAAGAGGUUGCUGUUUGGCAUAAGCUUGACCAUCCCAAUGUUACAAAGUUUGUUGGAGCUUCAAUGGGAACUUCCAACCUUAAGAUUCCUCCCAAAAAUGCUACAGAUGAAGAUCAUGCUUCUCUCCCUUCCAGAGCUUGCUGUGUGGUUGUUGAAUACAUUCCUGGUGGGACUUUAAAGAAUUUCUUGAUUAGAAAUAGGAGGAAGAAACUUGCAUAUAAGGUUGUGAUUCAACUUGCAUUGGACCUCUCUAGAGGUUUGAGCUAUCUCCACUCCAAAAAGAUUGUACAUCGUGAUGUGAAGACAGAAAACAUGUUACUGGACGCCCAAAGAACUUUAAAAAUAGCUGAUUUUGGUGUUGCUCGAGUUGAAGCUCAAAACCCAAGGGACAUGACUGGGGAAACAGGCACUCUUGGUUACAUGGCCCCUGAGGUCCUUGAUGGGAAGCCUUACAACAGGAAAUGUGAUGUCUACAGCUUUGGUAUUUGCUUAUGGGAAAUAUAUUGCUGUGACAUGCCUUACGCCGAUCUCAGUUUUGUGGAGGUUUCAUCUGCAGUUGUGAGACAGAAUUUAAGGCCAGAAAUUCCUAGAUGUUGUCCCCAUUCAUUAGCAAGCAUUAUGCGUAAAUGUUGGGAUGCUAACCCAGAAAAACGUCCUGACAUGGAUGAGGUAGUGAAAUUGCUAGAAGCAGUAGAUACAACAAAGGGAGGUGGCAUGAUACCUGAAGACCAAGCUCCAGGUUGCUUCUGUUUUGCACCCCGCGGUCCAUGAUAUUUGUUGUUUCCCCCUUCAUUUUCUGUUUUGUCUACAUAGCUGCAGUUGAAGGAAAUAAUAUGAAGCUGUUCAUCACCAUACUACAUCUGGUUGUGGAACAACUCGAUCAUUGAUUUCCACUGCAUAAUAACAAACAAAUUUAGAAAAUCAUCUCAUUAGGUUUUUCAAAAGGUCUGCAUUUCUUGUAACUAUGUUAGGGACAACAAUAUCUAACC